GUGUACAUGUCGUCCCACGAGCAGCGCUUCCGUCUGUUCAGCUCAGUGGAAUAUGAGGGACAGCUCUACAUGACCCCACAGAACUUCAUCGAGUCCGUCACCAUGAGCGAGCCCCGGAACAAGAAGCCGUGGAUGUCCCUCACUAAACAGGAACUGGAGAAGAUCUUGGGAGAUACUCAGCGCCUACGGGAACGAGGCAUCAUCGCUUACACCGAGUAUCUCUUUCUGCUCUGCAUUCUGACAAAGCCCCACGCAGGCUUCAAGAUCGCCUUCAACAUGUUUGACGCCGACGGCAACCAGAUGGUUGACAAGAGGGAGUUCCUAGUGCUGCAGGAGAUCUUCAGGAAGAAAAAUGAGAAGAAAGGGAGGAAAGGAGAUGUGGAGAAGUCAGCUCAGCUGAGUAUGCAGCUCUAUGGAUAUCAGGUUGCUCCCAUCAACAGCCGUGCGGAGGAGGGUAUGAUGAUUGACACCACACUGCUGGUGCACUUCUUUGGGAAGAAGGGGAAGGCGGAGCUGACUUUUGACGACUUCUACAGGUUCAUGGAUAACCUCCAGACAGAGGUUUUGGAGAUAGAGUUCCUGACCUACUCUAAAGGCAUGACCACCAUCAGUGAGGAGGACUUUGCCCGCAUCCUGCUGCGUUACACCAACGUUGGAGAGAACAUCAGCAGUUACCUGGACAAUGUUCGCCAGAGCAUCCCUGACGAGAAGGGCAUCACCUUCGACGAGUUCCGCUCCUUCUUCCAAUUCCUCAACAACCUGGAGGACUUUGCCAUCGCCAUGCAGAUGUACAACUUUGCCAGUCGCUCCAUUGGCCAAGAUGAGUUUGGGCGGGCUGUGUACGUGGCCACGGGCCUGAAGCUGACACGUCACCUGGUCCACACCAUCUUCAAGAUCUUUGACGUGGACCACGACGACCAGCUGAGCUACAAGGAGUUCAUCGGCAUUAUGAAGGACCGGCUGCACCGCGGAGGGAGGGGCUACAAAACCGCAGAGCGAUUCACUUCCUUCAAGUCCUGUAUGAAGAAGGAGCUAGCUGGCAGAUAA